AUGGAUGCCGCCUAUUACUCUCAAACAGAGCAUCUUCAGACAAGUGCUAUAGAUUUUUCAGAAACAAACGAGGUUGAAGUAAGCAGGCUUCUAGCUCACUUUCAAAUAGGCGCAGAGGUUGAGAUUUUGUCUACUGAUGACGAAAUAUGGUAUCCAGGAAAGGUUGUUGAUCUUAAACUGUGUGAAGGACUAGAGGAGCUGACAGUUGAGUACACGACACUCUUCACAGACCAACAUAGACUUCAGAAACUUCAGGAUACUAUCACGGCUGACAAAAUACGUCCUGCAACACCAACUAGUGACCAAAAAUCCUUUGAGAUGAUGGAUAAGGUAGAAGCCUUCUACAACAAUGGCUGGAGCAGCGGACAAAUUAGCAUGGUACUUGGUGAUAACACAUACUCGGUGUGUCUCUAUACUUCUAUGGAAACUAUUCUAUUCAAACAUUCAGAUUUGCGAAUUCAUAGAGAAUGGAAAGAUGGAGUCUGGAAGAUGGCAGAUAAGGUGAAGCCUGAUAAGAAAAGGAAAGCUGCUGCCUCAUCACAAAAUUCAGGAAUGGAUAAUGUUUUCCUAAGAAGGAGCGAGAGGGUGCCUAAACGAUCUAGAGACACAAAAACUCCAUUCAAGUCUGACAGAAAUCCGGCUUUAACUGUAAUACCUGAGAUUAUACCUGCAGUUGAUCCGUUUUCAACUCCUGCGGAACAUAAGCUUUCAAGGCUUCAAAAUUGGAUGACAUUAAAGCCCGGCAUGCAUGAAACGUCCCUAUCAAUCAAUGAUAAUAAGAUAAGGAAAUCUUUCUUUCAAAGCAUGGAAAAUGCAAAAAAGGACCUUAAGAAAGAGCACAUUGAUGGAGCCUUUGCAAUGCUAAAUUGCAGAAGAAAUGAGAAUGCUGCUUGGUUCCACAACUACAAGAUUCCAAAGGCGUGCUUCCUACCUAUGGAGUUCUUGCAUUGCUUGCUCUCUGAUGAUUUGGCUUACAAGAAAGAAAAGGUCAAAGGUAAAAAGAUUUUCAACGAUUUAUUUAAAGAUACUGUGAGAGGGAAGGUAUAUCCAGAGAAGACAUGGGGAGAAGAUGUUGAUGUUGUGUAUGGGAUUACUCUUGGAAAAAAAAGCAAUGUCUGGAUUGGGAUGGAAAUUCAUUUGAAGAAGAAAAGAAUCACAGUAUAUGAUUGUUUUCAAAAGGAAAGCAACAGCAUUGAUAUUCCUCAAGUGAAAAAGUUGGCAGUGUUGAUUUCUAAUCUGCUGGUGGAAUCUUCUGGUGAUGAGGUAGAUAAGGUGAAGAUGAUUCCAUUUGAGAUUGAGCAGGCACAAGGUUUACCCAAGACAAAACAUCCUUUCAACUGUGGGAUAUUUCUUGUCAAGAUUCUGGAGUGCCAGUCAUUGAAGAUAGGAGACAUGACAAAGAUUAAUGAUGACAAUGCAUUGGAGCUAAGGAGAACCUUGUCUUGUGAGAUCUUCAACCAAUUUGUGGAUGAGAGCUUUGGGAAAUGAGAAUGAUGCAUGAAAACAUUUUUUGUUUUAGUUAAGACUCGGUUUUAGUUAUGACUGUUUAUUUUGUUAUGUUGUUGGCGUCUGGUUACAUAAGAAAGAUUGGAAAGGAUA